AUGUUAAUCCUGGGCAAGUUCGAUGCUAUUUAUGACGUUACGGUUGCUUACCCGGACGCCUUGCCUGUAGAACCCUCCGCCUUCAUCCUAGGCUACGUUCCACGCGAAGUCCACUUUCUCAUAAAGCGGUAUCCGGCCUCACGAUUGCCUCUAUCUCUUCUCCAAGACAGUUCUCCUGGGUCGAAUUUACGUUCGUCGUCCGUCCUCAGCCAAUCUGAUAUAGCCAGCGAUAAAUUCUCUGCUGGCCAAUCUGCUUUCAGUGGCAUUCAACCAAUCGAUGAGCAUGAUGGGCCUUCUGCCGAUGUGCAUUCCAGGAUCAGGGGCAAUAGAUAUUUGCCUGGAGCUUCUGAGACUCUGCUGGGCCCAGAACCUUAUUGUCUGCUGGCCACUGACACCGAGUCAACGAAUUUAAGUUUGUCCAGUAACUGUUCUUUGAUGCAUUCGUCUCGCGAAAACUUUACAAACCCAAAACAACAGAACCAACUCCUGACGGAUAACCAAGAUCUCGAUAACAAUCAGGUGCAUCCAAAACGACCUAAGAAGCAAUUCCGUAAAUGCAGCGCUCGUGGCCUCUAUGCUGGCGAACAACUGGGACAUUGGCUGCACAGUAUCUGGAUGAACAAGGAAGCUGAGUUAAUACGCUAUUAUGGUAAUGCUUUUCAUUGGAGUUUUCCUUAUAUAUAA